CGUUUUUGUCUGAUAUUCUCUCUCUCUCUCUCUCUCUCUCUCUCUCUCUCUCUCUCAUAUUUCCCAAAGCUGGCUACGGUUUUCAUUGGCGUUUUUACUUGAAAUCAUCGAAUCUGCUGCUAACUAGGUCGUAAGAGUGAUCCACAGUGAUAGAUCCAGAUCGAACCUUCCCUCUUCAGAUCUGAUUGUUUGAUCGACGACUUAUACAAGUUUAUGUUCGCUGUAUGGUUUGGCUUCACUGGAAUUAACGACGUUUUGCUAAGAUUCGGUUGGUUAUGGAGAAGAUCUAAAGAAAACUAACCGUUUGUUUAGAUCUGAUUUUGAAUUUCGUUAGAUCUAUUAGGAGGGAGAAAGCUAAUCGCCUACUAGUGACCGUAUUUUUUUAGAGAGUUAGACUCAGAAAUGGAGACGCUUGUAGUUGUUGCACAGCAGGAUCAAUUUCAUAGCAGAAGCCGUGGCAGAAACCAUGGAUCCUUUGGUUCUUAUCCUUCCAGGGAUUUCAGAGAAAUCAAUUGCCGUACCUUUCAAUCUGGGCCAGGUAUACUUCCAAGCCCACUGAAGGCUCGUUCCCCACCUAUUGCUAAACAGUCCUUGCCUACUUCCCCAAAAACACCAUCCGCAGUCCCAUCUAAUGUGAAAAAGCAUUUCAACUCCGACCAAAACCCUAAACACACAAAGAGAAUCACUAAAAGUAAUUCCGUUCCUAUCCCAAUUGAUAUUAAACAUGUUGAUUACUCUCUCAAGGAUAACAUAAGGGGCUCUUUGAAUGACAAUUUCUUUUACUCUGAGCUAUGGGCUGGACCUGCUUAUUCAAAUUCACCACCUCCUAGUUCUUUACCUAUACCUAAGUUUUCAAUCAAGCCAAAAAGGACUGUAUCUCUUAACCUGCCUUCAGUUUCAGCUUCUGAUCUUGAUUUGUUGACCCCUGUUGCAAAAUCUGCUCCCCCUUCCCCUACAAGGGAGCAUCACAAGUCUUCUCGUAGAGACUUCUUUAACAGUGACGAUGAGUUUGCCACUAAGACUCUUCGUCGCAUCCUUAAUCUUGACUUGGUCGACGAGUGACAUACUAGGAGUGAUAAUCACUCCUGUAAAUAAAAAUAUCUACUUUCUUGCAGUAAUCUAGUGUAGACUGUAUAUAGGAUGAAUAAAUCAGUAGUUACUUCGGGUUUGCAUUUUAGUUUCCAUGUAGUUAAGCUCAGGGUGGUGUAAUGGUUCAAGGAUAUGCUGAUGGCUUGUUGGGUGGUUGGUGGUAGAUCAAUAUUUUCUGAAAGUUGUUACAGAUGCAUAGGUUGUUGAAGUUUCUUGGGAGAUUGAAGUAUUGGGAUUGAUGGGACAUGUUGAUACUGGAUCAAAUGUCAUGGAAGCAGAUAUUGGGUGUAAAAAGGGUGUGACUGCUUUAGGUGGUUGGUGGUAGAUCAAUAUUCUGAAAGUCACAAAUACAUAUUCAUAACUUGCUGAAGUUUCUAUGGUUGCCUUAGGCAGUGGCUAAUGAUCUCUUCCAUUUGUUAUAGUUGGUUAUAGUAGUGGAGUCAUCAUCUUUUUUUCUGCUUUUAUCUUUUCUAUUUAUAUCCUUUAAGAUAGAGUUAGAAUUUCAAGUCUUUCCUUUCGAGGUUGUAAUGCUUCUCUUCACCAUCUUUUCUGGUUUUUAAGAGAGGAAAGUGGGAAGAGGAAGUAAAGAAGUUAAAUAGUUGGUUGUUCUGCCAUUUGGUCUUACUUUACUGUGUUGGGAAAGUCAUUGCCACUGUUUCUUUGGUCCUUUAUUGUAGAUCUUGCCAAGCCACUUGAAGGGAAGCAUCUUCAAGUGGCUGUUGAUAUGGUUGUAGAUUUGUAGUUUCAAUUUCUUGGGUUUAUGUUUGAAGCUUCUGAAGCAAGACUUGUAUAAAAAGAGAAGCUUUUUCUGGAGGCUGUUGUUUCAGCUAUGGUUGUUGGUGUUAUGCUCCACUGUUUUUUUACAUUCUGUUUUUGAACCUUCUGAGAAGACUUUAUUUUGAAGGUUAUGUUUGUUUUUGUUUUGUCUGAUGAAUCAAUCUAGACUGAAUGUUUUUUUUGCUUGACAACUUUCUCGUAUCGGAUGAGAUGCUUAAUGCUUUUAUGUUUGUUUGAAGAAGUUGUUUGAUCUUUUUACCA